CUUUAACUACAAUAGAGCAGUUCGCAUUUGACUUGGAAACUAUUAAUUUCAACAAUAAAGUGUGUAAAGUGAACAUAUUCAGUGGAAAUGCGUGAAGUCGUGACUGUUGUUUAAUUUGUUUUGUGCAUAUUUUAAAAUGUUUGAUACAGUGUUUUUUCGCCAGUCGUGUAGGAUUAGUAAUCUAUUUCCGUGGUUUUGUUGAUUUGUAAUUGACCUCUGUAGGAUUCAUAUAAACUUAUAAGAAUAGAUUAAAAAAAAAAGUUGUGUUGAUGGCAAAAAUUGCGCGGUGAUGAUAGCCGGUAUACAAACUGUACGAAUCCAAUAAUUAAGAGUCCUCGAAACAAUUAACUGCGAAAACGCAACCACCAGUGGCCGGUUACGCGCAGUGCUCGCAAGAUGGCGCAGGUCGGUGCGAACAUGGAAUACCAAGAGUACAAAUGGGCGUACUCAAUCAUGGACUCAUCCAAGGUGUCAGCAUGUCUAAUCUCGAUGCUGCUGAUCGUGUACGGCAGCUUCCGAUCUCUCAACAUGGAACGUGAGGCGCGCGAGCGUGCCGAGCGCGAGCGAGAGGCCUCGCUGCUGGGUGGCAAGCCCCCUGCCGCCUCCUCCUCGAAUAACAAUGUCCAAACGCUGAACACGAUGCAGGCGCUGUGCUUCCCGCUCGGCUCGUCGGUCGCGCUGCUCAUCAUGUUUUUCUUCUUCGACUCGAUGCAGACUCUCGUCGCGAUAUGCACUGCCAUAAUAGCGUGCGCGGCGCUGGCGUUCCUGCUGACGCCGCUGUGCCAGUACGUGGCGGGCAGCGCGGGGCUGGGGCGCGGCGCGGUGUGCGGGCGGUACUCGGCGCCCGAGCUCGCCGCCGCGCUGCUCGCCGCCGCCAUCGUCGCCGUGUGGGUGCUCACCGGCCACUGGCUGCUCAUGGACGCUAUGGGCAUGGGCCUGUGCGUGACGUUCAUCGCGCUGAUCCGUCUGCCGUCGCUGAAGGUGUCCACGCUGCUGCUCACCGGGCUGCUACUCUACGACGUUUUCUGGGUCUUUUUCUCCUCUUACAUUUUCACCACCAACGUUAUGGUCAAAGUCGCUACUAGGCCGGCAGAGAACCCGAUGAACGUGGUGGCGCGGCGGCUGCAGCUCGGCGGCGCCAUGCGCGACGCUCCCAAGCUGUCGCUCCCCGCCAAGCUCGUGUUCCCCUCCAUGCACCACCAGGGACACUUCUCCAUGCUUGGACUAGGUGAUAUAGUGAUGCCGGGGCUGUUGCUGUGUUUCGUGUUGCGCUACGACGCGUACAAGAAGGCAACGCUGGUGUGCCAAAUGGGACGUCCCGGACCUAGAUCAAUGAGCUCCCGGUUGACGUACUUCCACUGCUCGCUUUUGGGCUACUUCUUGGGGCUGCUGACGGCGACGGUGUCGGCGGAGGUGUUCAAGGCGGCGCAGCCCGCGCUGCUCUACCUCGUGCCCUUCACGCUGCUGCCGCUCCUCACCAUGGCAUACGUCAAGGGUGAUCUCAGAAGGAUGUGGAGCGAGCCGUUCAUCGCGCCGAACGGCAAGAACAGUGCCGACUUCGACGUGUGACUGCGCUUGGCUGCGUCCCCUGCCGCUGCGCAUGCGCACCGCCCCCGCCCCCGCCCCGCCGGCUGAACGCAUCACCACCACGCAGUGUACAGUUACACACGUGCUCCAUACACACACUCGCAGACAACCUAUGCUGAAAUAAAUACACCUGGAAAAUCCAAAGAGAACUCUAUGAAAUCUUACUCCAACUGGUUUGCUUAAAAAGUGCAGUGCUGUUAAAUCCUUGCCACCAGUGCGUUUGAGAAUUUUACCGUGUAUCAUUUAUAGUGUUGCGAGAUAAUUAACGGGCGCGUAACUAACUGUACUUGUGCAUUCGGCGGGAUAUGUGAAUUGAUGUGUUUACGUUAUAAUCUUAAAGACAUAAGAUGUAUGUUUUAGGUUAGAUGAUACGCUUUUGUUUCCUUUACAAAUACAUAAACGGAAUGUUACAUCACAGGGUAACUUGUACAUUGCGUCAAAGUACUGAGAAUGUACAGUAUUGCAACUGACUGUUUACACUUCUCCAUGUUGAAUUUUAUGUCACGAAUUUAUAUUAUUUUUCAUCAUUUUUAUACUCAGCGCAUUUGAGAGAUAGUAGAUGUAAGGAAUAGUACAUUUAUUUUGGUAAUGAAUUUUAACCAUUCUGCCAAAGUUGAUCUAUCGUGUCUGAAAAUACGAAAUAAGAUGAUAUUAUAAAUGUCUGAAUGUUUGUUUAACCACAUUGUUUGUAUAUUGUAGACACAUGCACAUUAUUUCUAGGACUUAUAAUACUGUUAAUUCUCAGUAUAACGAAAUGUAAGUGAAGAAUAUCCGCAGCACGGGCGCGUCACAGCGCACAGGGCGGGCCGCUCCGGCCGUGUGCCGCGCUAGAUACAGGACCAGUGCACAUUGUUUCCUUUUAACAUUAAUAAUUAUGACAGUAGUAUAAUUACUACAUGUAAAAUACUCAGCAAACGCUUUUGAUGAUUUUUUACAAACUUUUUCUACUUUUGUAUUUGUCAUACUUUAGAUUGUCCUCUCGGAUGACUACUUACGUCGUUUUUAAUUGUAACUGUUCAGGCAUGAACUUAUUAUUUUUGUAAGUCUCAAAACAUUAACCCGAGAGGGCGCCACUACUCGUUUUAAUUUUUUACACUAUAUCCCCACAAAAUGAACAAACAAGUAGACUAAGAUCUUUAUGAAUCUCACUUGUGUAUGUGAAUGUUUCGUUAGCCUGUUCAUGAAUAUGUUUCAAUGUGAUGAAAACUUUGUUGUCACUGCCUUAGACUGAUGUUUUCAAUGAAGAUUAUUUCUAUGUGUUGAAUGGAGUAUUAUAGACAAACUGUUAGUCUAAAUAUAUAGGUUAUAAGCUACUAUUGUUGUUAUUAUUAUAACAACUGUAUUGUUGUUGUAAAUUAUUUGAUUGAAUUUAAUGGAAGAUGUUAACAUUCUACAUCAUAAGGAGUAUACUUGGUAUGUAUGUGUGAUUUUUUAUUUUUUAAGUACUUUUUUAACAAUUCAAUUUUUGUAUUUACUUUUGAAUAGAUAAUUUUUUACUAAAAGGUUAUAACUGAUAAGUUAACGCGUUUGAGUAACAUGGAACAGUAUUUUUAUGACAAAAGUGAUGUGAUUUUAUUGAGGCUUAUUUGGCAAAAGUAACACAUGUUUUCAGUUAUGAUUCGCUUGUUGUACUUUCUAAUGAUAAUUAUUGUUUUCUCAGGGAAGUUGUAAAGUGUAUUCAAGAAAUAGUUUUUGUGUAUUUUAUAGAUAUUUAUAUAAAUAGUCACAGAACUCUUUUCCAUUGAUGUACAUACAUUAAAGAUAUUUAAGAUUGAUGUUCCAGUGCGUCAGACCAUCACCAUGUCGAGAAUAUUAUUGUAAAUAAUUAAUGUUCACACAAAUUCAUUACCUAUCAAAAACUGGGAAAAUGCAUUUAAUAUUUUUAUAUGUAUCUGCAGAAACAUGUUACUAAGAAUACUUAAUAAAAAUAUUAGAUGGAA